GUGUAAACAAUUCUUAGUCGUGUUUACACACUUCGGUGGAUAAAGACGAGUAGUGACCAUAUAGUGUGAUUAAAAAGGUUAUCAUUAAUGGACUUCAAUAUUAAAAUCUAAUUUGUAUGAAACGUAAAAGAGACAUUCAGUCAUUUAUUGUGGUGAUAAAGUGAAGUUUUAUUAUUAAAAAGAUAUAAACAUGAAGAGUACAAUUUUCUUCACCGUAUCAGUUCUGGUAGUCAGUUGCUUCGCCCAAAGGUCACCCUACGCUGGGAGACUUCCUAUUGGUUAUCCAAUUAUGGAUACCACUAGUACCACCGUCAGUGAUUUAGACAACAGAUUCGGUGAAGAUGUACCAGUCACCACGGAGAGAUUACCAAUCGAAGCCAACGGCGAUAGAGAACUAGUAAACCGAUUGAAGAAAUUGCCUAUAGACCAACAACCGUUCUGGUUGAUCAAUUGGCUUCAUCUGGAACAAAUGAGGCAAAAUCCACAAACUUACCAAAGUAAACCAAAUACUUUCAUAGAUUUAGUGCCAAGUCAAAAUAAUCAGAAUAUCAACGGUCAAUUAUCUUAAUUCGAUUUUCAAAAAUUCUAAAGAUGAGAGUAAUUGAAUAUGUAUUUUUAAAAAUAGACUUUCUUUAUUGAAGAUUAUUUAUAAUAUUCUCACUUUCGAUUGAACAGCAACUACGUAAUUAAUGUAUAGCAAACUAUAACAGAAUAAUUUGUCAAAUAUGUUUAUACACAUAUACUCGUAUACUAGAUAAUACCUGUAUAUUUAUAUGGGAGAUAUAUAAAACAAUAUAUGAAGUGUUAAUAAUACGAGUAAUAAGAAUAACAGUAUUUUUAGAAAUUUUGUCUGUCUGUAUGCUUGUUCUAGCAUCGCGCACAAACUACACAACGAAUUUAGACGAAUUUUAAUAUUUAAUGAAAUUUUUAAAAAUUGUUGUUUGUAAAAACGAGUCUUCUAUUUA